AUGACCCAUUCAAAGAAAACCAAAGGGACGGGAUCAUCCUGUGCCAAUGAAGAGGAGUGCAAAAAUGGAUUGAAGGACAAUUUACUUAAAAAAGAUAAUCAUUCUGGUGUAGCUUAUGUGAAAGAUCUGAAUGAGGAGAACCAGAAGAAAGGUCCAGAGAGUUUUGCAAAUGAAUUAAAGGACAUCAAGGAUGUAAAGAGAAAAGAAAAAGCAGAAGAAAAUGGGUAUAAGAAAACUUUUGACCCUCAUGUUGACUCUGCAUCAGAUUCUAGCCCCAAAUCCACAUCAGAUCCAGAGUGCUAUGAGUAUCCUGACCCUGAUUUCAAUGACUUUGAUGAAGGUCGGAAUGAAGGGUGUUUUUCAGUAGGGCAGAUUUGGGCUAUUUAUGAUACUCUUGAUGGCAUGCCUAGGUUUUAUACUCGAAUUGGGAAAGUUCUCUCUCCUGAUUUCAAACUAUGGAUAACUUGGCUGGAGUCGGACCCAGAUGAUGAGGAUGAAAUUGGAUGGGUCUGUGAGGGCUGGCCAACUGCUUGUGGUAAGUUCAGAAAUGGAAACUCUGAAAGUACUGAAGAUCGGCUUAUGUUCUCCCAUAUGGUUAAUUGGGAGAAAGGCAGACAAAGGAAACCUUGCAAGAUAUUUCCAAGGAAAGGGGAAAUUUGGGCUCUCUUCAAAGAUUGGAAUAUUAAAUGGAAAUCUGAUACAGACUCAAGCAGGAAGUUUGAAUAUGAAUUUGUGGAAAUCUUGUCAGAAUCUACCGAAGAUGGUGGUGCAUGUGUUGUGUAUCUAGGCAAGUUGAAGGGCUUCGUGAGUCUUUUCUGUCGAAUUAGUAAGGAAGGAAAUGCCACAUUUCAAAUUCCACCAAAUGAGCUGUUCCGCUUUUCCCAUAUGAUUCCAUCAUUCAAAAUGACGGGUAAGGAAGGAGAGGGUGUGCCAAAGGGAUCUUUUGAACUUGAUCCAGCUUCUUUGCCCAAAAAUAUUGAAGAGAUUGUUGUCCCUGAGCAUAUGGUGGUUGAUAAAGUCGGGAAGCAUAAUUCUUCAACUUUAAAGCUGAGAAGCCGAUUGGAAAGUGCACUGCGUGAUGAUGUAAUUCAAUGGCAUGAUAAGGGUCAGAUUUGGGCUGGUCUGCUGAAAUUAGAAGAUCUAAAUGCUAAGUCCCGGACUUCUGAUGGGCGAAAUGAUACUAAACCUGUCUCUAGUGGGUAG